ACACAAGAGUUUAUCUGAAGUAUGGUGUUCAGUUAUAUUUACGCUGUUGUAAACAAUAUCCCGUUUGUGUAUCAUUCAUCGGAUUUAAGGAAUUUCUUUUCACAAUUUGUAGAAACUAAUGGGUUUGAAUGCUUUCACUUCAGGCAUAGACCCGAGAUUCAGAAGCGGCAAUAUCGCAUGGAUAGUGGAUCUUUUACGAACUCAUCUAGGCCUAAAGUUACGUCCAAUGAUCCCAACGCGACUAAUAGUAAUAAUACUAGUACUAGCACGGUAAACAGCGACGCUGCGUAUGAAUUUUAUACAGCUGGCCCAAAUUUUACCGAAACAAGGUCUACUAUUAGUAGUUGUACUACCAGUAAUACGAGUAAUUUAACUUGUUGUUGUGUUGUUAAAGUUAGAAGUUCGAGAUUUCAGGAACUGAUGAAAUUGUAUCAUAGAAAACACUGGAUUGACAGGAACGGUUACACCUUGCCAAUAAGAUGCUUUAUAAGUCGUGUCAAACUCAGUGAUGAAAAUUUAGAGCAAGGUAGUGUCACUGACAUUGCCACUAGUGAUGUGGAACGUAGUAUAUGUUUUAGUGGAACAUGUUCUGGAAAUGAAGAAGAAUCCAAUAAGUUGUAUAAAACAAGAGCUGAAGAAAGGGCUAUCCCAGUUGACAGAGAAUGUUUUAGUGUGAAAGAUCUUCAUAAACUUAAGGAAUUUCAUCCUCCUCCUGUGAUGCCUCAUGGGAACGUUGGCACUCCUACUCGAAUAUUCUUGGACUUAAUCAGAAGCUGCCAACUUCCACCAUCAAUUAUUACAAAACUUGGGCUGGAAUUUCCAAAAACACGUUGUAAGAGAAUAUAUGGAAGUGUACCAUUUGAAUAUGAUACACAGUUUUAUAAAGAUCGUGGAGUAAGUCAUGAAAAUGAUGACUUUGAACCAGCUAGAACAGCAAAAGGUGAUGUUAUCACGGAAAUAGUAUCAUCUUCGAUGUCUAUGAACAAAAAGGAUAUUGAGGUUCGAGAAGUAGAGAAGACUUCUGACAGAGAAUCAGAAGAGGACGAUGACAUGUGUGAAGAAUGGGAACGUCACGAGGCACUUCACAAUGACGUGACACAACAGGAACGUUCGAAAGAAAGGCUGUUUGAAGAAGAAAUUGAGUUGAAAUGGGAGAAGGGUGGCUCUGGGUUAGUGUUCUACACAGAUGCCCAAUACUGGGAUGCCAAAGAAGGAGACUUUGAUGAGAAGACGGCAGAUGAUUGGGAUGUGGAUAUGGCAGGGUAUUAUGAACCUGGUGCAGGAGACAAAGAUGCCCUGGACUUUUUACAAAUGAGGCGUGAGACCAGGUUACGAAAUGGAAUAGAUGAUGAUGAUGAUGAGACUUUCAACACAAAAAUAGGAUUUUUUGAGAAUCACACGAAGGGUAUUGGGCGCCGGUUGAUGGAAAAACAGGGUUGGCGAGAUGGACAAGGAUUGGGAAAAACGGUCAUUGGUCCUGCUGAACCAGUUGUUGAUAAAGGACAGAACCCAAGGAACAAAUCAGGCUUUGGGUACAGAGGUGAAAAACUUGUACGACGUCCAGGAUCUAGAGGUAGAAAAAGACGACAAUUUCGGAAUGUUGUCAUCUCAACAGCUUACGAUAACCCAUACAAAACAGAUCCCAUUGAGCCACUAUUGAGAUCAAGUCUUCCAUCAGUAUUGUCAUUUAGAAAGGAAUUCAUGAAAUCAUCAGAAAAUCAGUAAAAACUUGAUUUUUUUCAUUUGAAAAUGCUUUCCAACUGUUGUACAGAAGAGUAAAACAUUGAAUAACA